AUGGCAGAUGGCUAUGAUGAAAGUAGAGAAUACGACUAUCGACUUUUUGAUGAUGCAAAUGAAAUAACUAUGCCCACCAUUAUAGUAUUGAAUCCAGGUAGUUUUAAAGAUUUACAGACUUUAGCAGGAAAUAAAGGAGAUAGAGACUGGCUAGAUAAAAACACUGUUGUACUUACUACAAAGGAGAAAUUAUAUAUUGAAAAUGACAGUGACAAUGAUAGAAUAUCAAUGUUACAAAAAUUAUAUGGAGAAUUACCACCAAAUUUAAUAAAUGCAAUAGCUGCCAAUUACAAAUUACAUGAAGAACUACCACCAUUUGACAAUAUAGAUGAUAUAGAUGCUGCUUAUGUAGAUGAAAUAUUAAAUGAUUUACAAAUGUCAGAACCAUUAGAAGAGGUAAUUAGACGAGAUGUAUUUGAUUUGCCAUUAAAGAGAAAAGAACCAAUAUUAAAUGCUGAAGACUCAACUCUCAUUGAAGGUGUAUCAGAAGAAGAUAAUGAUAUACAAAAGUAA